AUGGCUUCAUCUUCCGCAAAUCCUGAGGCACGCAGUCUUGCCGCUGGCCCGUACAACUGUCCGGACUGUACCAAAGUCUUCGCCAGACCCUGUGAUCUGAACAAACACAGCAAAUCUCACACUCGACCGUUCAAGUGCCAACAUUCUGAUUGCAAGUACGCCGAGCUUGGCUGGCCAACACUGAAGGAACUCGAACGCCACAACAACGAUAAACACUCUCCUAACCCGAUCAUCUACGCCUGCGAAUACGAAGGUUGUGACUACGAGUCCAAACGAGAAUCGAACUGCAAACAACACAUGGAGAAGGCCCAUGGAUGGCUGUACACCCGGAGCAAAUCCAAUGGCAAACAGCCCGCGGAUAGCUCUCCGAUAGCACCCGUUUACCGGCUAAAACCUGGACCGCACGUUGCCUCAGAAUCUUCUACUCCACUUCUCAAGCAGUCAUCUGACUUUCUGCCUCUCCCUAACCAUCAUCAGGAUUUUACCCUAUUCCAGGAUGACACCGACCAGUCCGUCAUAUUCGAUGACGAUGAUGAGGAUACAAGUCACCAUCACGAUGCUCCUCAACUUAUCCCUUGGACAUCGCCUGCUACCCGUCUACGGAGGAACGGAACCAUGAUCGAACGAUUUGAUCAGACAUAUCACGGCAAUCAAGCUCUCAGGAUCAGUGAUAUUCCGGUUGACCCAUCGCUCUCCGAUCUUGUGCCGCGAGUCUUAACAUCUGCGGCAGCUCCAUCUACCUCAGCAGCAUGCGGCAAUAAUGGCACCAAUACCUCGGAGACCUCGAGGCAAACUCAGUCAUCGAGACAACAACCAAGAAGGGUCCCAGGCCGCCAACGUAGGAGAAACAGCGAUGCCGAAGAAUCAAGAAAGAGAGUCAAGCCAAACCCUACAGAAGUUCUCGGAGAUAACGAGGGAUUCACUGACAGCACUAUGCCGUGUAUCUUCCGCCACUCACACCCACACCUUUACAAUAAGGAGACCAGAGACAAGUCCGAUCCGUGCCACACGACGCAUCGAGACAUCUCAACCCUAGCACGACAUCUGCUCCGACCGGCACAUCGCCUCAGCGUGGACAUCCGCAUGAUCUCAUCAUUUGAGAUCCAAGACAAAAAUUACCUACACCCACGGGUUGGCCUUUGCCGCCGUUGCUGGCAGCCUUUCUUUGACCACUUAGAGUUUCAAAGUCAUUUGGAUCUCGAAUGCGAGAAGGUGUCUAAGGGGAAGCGGGAGAAGUGGCGAAUCAUGCGCGAUCUUUUCACGCCAUUGGUCCAGCAGCAUAACGAGCAGAGCAGCCUUUCACAAGACCUUGAUAUGGCGGGGCAAGAAAACACAGCACACCGAACAAGGGGUUCGAUCAACAUGUCAAACAAAGCUGGAGAUCAUUCUCGCCAAGAUUCGGUAUCCGGCACUGCCACUCCAGCCAACUAUGGGACGUUAGUUCCCUCCAGAUCCAGCCUUGAGAGUGAAAUCCACCUACUCAGAGAAGAAAACCGGCAGCUCAGGGAGUCACUGAUGGCCCAGGAAUCUAGGCGAGAGUCACUGGCGAGUACUGUUCACAGUAGCGCCGUCCAUCUUGCAUCCGAGGUGCCAUCUGGUCUCGGGCUAGUCUCUGCGCCUCGGAUGCCCAAUUCCAAGGAUUCAAAUUCGGAUCAGGAGAGCCUAGUAGGAUACAUGGAUUCUCAAUCCACGGAUGUCGAUCGUGAUGGCUUGAUGAGCGAAACACCGGAAACCUUCAUGAGACAGAGGCAAGGGCUCGGCCUGCCCUCCCACUCAACCGUCCACCACGUUCCAACAAGUCCAUCCCCGCUACUUAUCGACUCAUUCCAAGAUGUGCCCAACUUCAGCCAACCGCCAACGAGCGCGUCGCUUUUCUCCGCCCGAAAGCACCCCACUUCACUCGCCGAUUCCGCCUACGGCACCUGCACCGACCCUCGGCGAGGAAGUCUGGGUGAGUCCGGACAGGCGGGAUGCGCCCCGGCAGGAACGAUGGCAGAUAUCUCGGGUGGUCCGCACAAGAAUUGGUUCAACAACUCGAGUCAACAACGACAAGAUGGCGGAUCACUGACAACAACUAUGUUCGGCGACUACCAGUUUGGCAACAACAACAUCCACAAGACCAUGGACAUGUCCAGACCUCCCACGUCAUCCUCUUCUACCCCAAGGGGAGGAUCAAGCCUUGGUGUCGCGACAACCCAGCAGCCUCAGCAGCCUCAGCAACAAGACUUUUCAGGGUGGUCCAAUCCCAACCCUUUUGCCACGGCGUCGACGUCUCAGCCUUCACAUGGCCUUUUCGAAGACGCCUCGUUUGAUUUCUUCGUGGCGGCGCAGACGGAUUGUGGCGAAGAAACUGGUGGGUAUAACCCGACUAGUUCAUCACAGGAUUUCGUUUUCUCUUCUAUGUGA